AAUUGCAAGGCUGUGUAAUGGAAGUCAUAGCUAUUUCCCUGUUUUAUUUUUCAAACUGGGCAUGCAAAGAAUGGUGGAAGUUUUCCAGUUUCCUCCCAGUGGAAACACUGGGAGUGUGUCUGUCAGUCUUCUCUCUGACUGGCCCUGCAUGGCACACCAGCUUAAACUGCCUUAUCCAGUGUUUGUGCCUGCUCCAAUCUGGGCUUGUGCUUGGGUCACAUACUGUAUAUUGUCUUUGUAUAAAGUAGUAUUCUAAUGUCUCCUCAUCUUUGCAUUUGCAAUUUUCAGCAUGUUGACAGAUUUACCGUGACACAUGAAACCUUUUUUAUGAAAGCUUUUGUAAAAUUUCACUUUUCUAAGCAUGUGUGGUGAGCUUUUUUCUUAAUUUUGUUUUUUUUACCUGAAAUGCAAAAGAUGACUCCAGAAAAUAAGACUUUUAAUUUGUGUUUAUAACUGGUAUUAGCUUUUAUUGUGUUUGCAACUGUCUGUUGUUUCCAAUUUAACUCUUUAUUAUUCUCAGCAUUUUAAAGAUGGUACCAGUGAGAUUAAAAUUAAGAUACAUUCUCCAAUUAAAAGUUAUUUUUUUUUAUAUUUAUGUUCUUACAAUAGCCUAUUUUACUACUAUGCGUUUGCAUUUGUCAACUGAUGACGCUUUUACUAUUGUGACGUCAGCAUUAUGACCUAACCUUACGCCUGGAUCAUUUCUUUGUGAUGUCUGGUAAAAAAUAAACAUAUUAUCUGAACAACUUUUAACUUCAUUUCAGUCUGGCUAAGGCCGGGAACCCCAUCUGUUUCUGGAUAUGUUAUAUGUAACAUGGCAGCAAGCAUAAAACUUGAAGAUAACAGAAUGGAGGUCGAUUCCGGCUUAUCUAAAUUGACACCCAGCACUUCUUCGGUUAGGACCGAGAAAGAUUCAAAUAACGGAAAAGCUACUAAGCCACCGGUCUUCCAAUGCGUGGCGCCCAUCUGCGACCAGUCGGGGGCUGGCGACCUGGAGCUGAUGCGGUCGGUGCUGGAAGAGAACGCUCUGCAGCUGCUGACCCACGAAUCCGUGCUGAAGAAGCCGCGGCUGGAGCUGGCCGCCCUCCCUUUCCCCCGCAAACUGUGGCAGAUCGUCGACAGCGACCGAUUUAAAUCCAUCAAAUGGGACCAGGAUGGAAACUACGUGGUCCUCGACGAGGAGCUGUUUAAAACGGAGGUUUUGGAAAGGAAUGGCUGCCAACGGAUCUUCGAAACCGACUGCGUUAAAAGUUUUAUCCGUCAGCUUAACCUCUACGGCUUCACCAAAGUUCGCCUCGACCCUCACAGGUCGGCUUCCCUGGCAGAUUUCCUGGCUCAGGAGAAGGAGGCAGUGAUGCUGUCGAAGUUUCAGUUUUACUACAACCCUAAUUUCCGAAGAGGGUUCCCAGACCUCCUCACAAGAAUGAAGCGGCGAAUCGGAAUUAAAAAUGCGCUGUCGGCUAGUUUCGGCGAGGACGCGGACGCCAACGCAGCAGGGCAAUCGACAGGAGCAACGUCGGCAGGCCAGAAAGAGGGGACGACCACAAGCUCCGAAAAGCCACCGGAAAACACAGGGGUCACUGUCGGGGUGCCCUGUCCACCCCCUGCACUUUCCGCAAGUCAGGGAUCCAACAGCGCCCCCAAAGCGGCGGUCAGUGCAGAUGCGCAAUUAGCCAAAGCUGUUGGUACCAGAGCCCUUCAGCUGCCCCAGUCCUCGUCCCUGCCGGUCGGCCAGCCUGUCCGUACUGACAGUUUGCCCCUAGAGCCUAGCAGCGCACCAGCCACGACCGCCUCCAUAUAUCACUGGAUGCCCCCCGUCCCAGCCUCCGGCUUCGGCCAGCUGACGCCCUUCCCUUCGUUCCCACCGGCCUACCCGGAUAUCGCGGUAGCGCAGGCAUACCUGGCCAGCUGGCUGCCCCUUUGCAACCCGUGGUUCUCGAUGCCUAUGAUGGCGGCUGCCUCUGCCUUCUCCAUGUCCGCACGGUCCUGCACGCCGCGGGCCCCCACACCUCCGCACCACCACUGCGCCAGCUGCAACUGCGCCCGAAACCCCGACGGCACUCCUGCCUCCCGGCAGGCCCAGUGAAGGACCCCAGCGAGAUGCUCAUUCUAUAUAAACCUAUUCAGAUUGAUAAUAAAAGCUCUUCAUUUAAA